GUUUCAAUUGUCAUUGGCUGGGCUGGCUGGCGUCUGUCUCUUGUUGAUUGUGCGUAGAGACCGGAGCUGCGUUUUUGAUUAUUGUGAAUAAUUUGUUAUUUCCAGUGAAUUUGUGUUUGCUUUGAGCUUUUGUGAACAUGUCGCAACAAUAUGAUAAUAAGAAUGGCUAUAAUACUGGUGAUUUCAAACGAGAACACCAAGAAGAUCAGGAGCAAGAUGGCGAGGAUGGAACGAAACUCAAUGAAAAAGCCGGCGAAUACAUGCGAGAACUGCUCAGCGAAAAAAUCAAACUUAACACUCAAAAGUUUCCAUUAUCAAUAAAAUUACUUGAUGGAGAGGUGACCAGAGUACAAGCGACUGGGCGGUUACCAUUGAGGGAUGCAAGAUAUUUAGAUGUGUAUCGUGAGAAACCAGUCAAAGUGACAGUCAAGGUUUUGGUGCCUAUCAAGGAACAUCCAAAGUUCAACUUUGUGGGCAAACUCUUGGGUCCAAAAGGCAACACAAUGAAACAAAUGCAGGAGGAGACUAUGUGUAAAAUGGCUGUUCUUGGACGGGGGUCAAUGAAAGACAGGCAAAAGGAAGAAGAAUUACGGAACUCUCUAGAUCCUAAAUAUGCACACUUGAUGGACGAGCUCCAUGUAGAGAUAUCAGCUCUGGCACCCCCCGCAGAAGCUCAUGCUAGGAUUGCGUAUGCCUUAGCAGAGGUGAAAAAAUACCUCAUCCCAGACACCAAUGACAUGAUCAGGCAAAAUCAGAUGAGGGAAAUUAUGGACAGAGAUACACGACCGGGGCCCAACCGCAUCUCAUACAAUACAUGCACGGUGACGAAGCGAUCAUUCUCCUACCAAGAGCCGGUCGUUGCAGGUCCCCCGCCGCGUGCGGGCCCCGGGCCCGUGCGCCCCCGCAUGGCGCCCCUGAUGCCGCACCAGCGCCCCAUGCCCGCCAAGACCAAGGUCAUCAGCAUCCUGGACAGGGCCCGCAACGCUAUGGACACCAGCUACUCGUAUGAUGACCCCUAUGCUAUGCCUGAGCCGCCGGUGCGCGGUCCCCCCCGCGGCGCCCCCGAGCCGGACUUCUACUACGAGCGCCACGACCGCUACUACGAGGACGACCCCUACUACAAAGAGGACAGCCGCGAGUUCAAGACGUCCGCGCGGGAAGUGGGCACCCGCCGGCCGCAGGCCCCGGGCCCGCAGCACGGCGCCCGCCACCUCGCGCGGGCGUCGCCCUACCCACGGCCCAAGUAACGGUCGGAGUUUAAUGAAUGUGGGGAAGAAACGUACGCAAUAAGGUGAGUGGGAUAACUGGGAUAAAACGCAUACAAAACACAGAAAAUGAAAAACAUCAAAACAAAUCCUCGCUCAAGACCACUCUCAAAAACGUACGUCGUAACAAGUACACAACAUAAAAUAGAAUUAAAAAAAAACAUAAUUUAAAUAUAUUUUAAUGAACCAAAACUCCUAAUAUCGAGUUGCAGUGAUUGGUAAAAUUACCAAAUCAAAAUGUCUUUUUUUACUAAAAUAAUAUUGAGUUAUUUCUCAAACUAGAUGUAGGACAAGACAAGUCGCACUUAGUAAUGCAUGCAGAAAACAAAACUUACUGUUAAUUGCAAAAAGAUUAGGACGUAAUCAUGUGAAAAUAAGUAUGUUGUGAAAUGAAGUUAGGUAAAACAAUAUUUUUCGUUUAUAAAAAAAAAAAAGAUUUUUCUGUAAUAAGUGUAGUCAUGUUCCUUGAAAAUAGUGUUAGAUAUAAAAACAAUAUUUCAACAUGUUUUAAUUUUAAUCUUUCGUAAUAAAAUUAUAAAAAUGCACUUAGAUUAAAACGAGAGACGAGACCCAAAACAACAUUAAAUUUGAAUAAAAAUGUUUCACAGGAUGGUUUCGUCUUCUCUUAAAGUUCACGUUAGAACAUGUUGAACUUAUAUUAAAUAAUUGUAUCUCUUUGUGUGACUAUGAAUAAAAUAUCUUAAAAAUAAAUUAAUCGAUUUUGAUUUUUAUAGACAAUUGGUUGAAUAAAAUCCUUUAUUAAUAGUAUGUAAAGCUAUUUUUAUAUAAACAUGAAGUAAAUUACGAAUAGUUCGCAAUGGAAUAUGCAGAUGCAUAUUCUAUAUUGUAGAAAUACAAGAUUCUGUCCAAUGUUUUUCUAAAAAUCAAGGUGGCAGCCAUCACUGACUUAUAUCACUUGCACACCCAAUUAGAAGUACCUAGGUAGUUUCUCCAAAAUCCAAAUCCAAGAUGGCUGCCCAAAUUGUACAGAAUAGAAUUCAAUAAUAUAUUUUUUGUUUUAAUAUGGCAUCAACUAACAUCAUCAACGUAAAGUUAAACUUGUUUAAAUUAACAAAAAAAUGUAAUAUAACAAAGUAUCAACAUAACAUGUAGUUUCCAAAACAAUGUAUUGUUUUGUGAAAUAAAUUGAACAAUAUUUUGUCGGAGGACGGAAUUAAAACGAUAAAUGUUCCAGAAUCAAAAUAAAGUAUAAUGUAAGUAUAUUUUACAAUUUUAAAGAUAAAUCAAUUUACAAGAAACAAAAAUUGCAAUGAUUGCUAAAAGGAUAAAAUAAACGCAAGUGUUAAAAAAAUGUACUGCACAGGCCUUAUAUUAUAUUCCAGAAGCUAAUCGCUAAAAUAUGGAGUAUUUUUAAAACUACUAGAUUAAACACCCGAAGAAGGAAAUACAUAGGUACGAGAAAUUACUAAAAUUUAGAUCCUAGACGUCAUAAAAGUUACAGAUUUAUUUAAAAAAAUGGAUAAAAAGAAGCUGGCUGCUAAAAACUCGUUCACAAAUAUAUAGGGUUAGUAAUUAAAAAACCUCUUAAAUGUUGAAAAAAGACUCCAAAAAGAGAGCUAACGUUAAAAUACUUCAAAUUAGAGUUUUGAAGGGAGAUAAUAUUGUGGUCCACCUAAAAUGCAGAGGAUAUGGUAUGCUUUAAAAAAUAAAUAAUAUAUUGAUGGACAAAAAAGGCUGAUGAACGAAGGACAGGAAGAUAUGGGUAUGUACUUUUUUUUAUUUUUUUUAGUAAAUCUUGAUUACACACUUAUAUAAUUUAAAAAAAAAAUUCAUUAUAUAAUUCAGUCCCUAGCGAAUUUCACUAGCAAAUAAGUUCUAGUUUUAUAUGUGUGUCUAGUUUUAUAUAUGUGUACCUAUUAUUAGUGCAGUCUCAAGUUUUAAAAUGGUAAGUGCGAAUUGUGAUAAAAUCAUUAAAUAUUUGUUUUGCA